UUGCUGAGCGCUCGUGGCAGCGAGCCUGUGUCAGUUCCAGCGGACACAGGCCGUGGCCGCUCCUCAGCUCUGGGCGGCUCCAACCUGAAAGAGACGUUUAGGAAGAAAGCUCGCCGACAAAACUAUCAGCGCGCACACAAACAUGGCGCCCACCUCCACCGACAACUUCAGAUGAACGUGCGGCAAAGAAGUGGCCUGCAAAGUUUGUUAGGAGUAAUUCGAAGUGGCUUUAUCUUCACCCCCUUCCUGGUUUAUUCUGUUUUUGCACAGAUACGGAAUACAUUAAGCGGUAAAACAGCAACUUGCCUACAUGUCAACAUCGUCUGGCGCUGCAGUGUAAACAGCUGAGGCAGGCUCUUUCACCCCUGGGGAACAAGCCUCCAGGCUCUUUUGUGUGAAAGGGAUGAGAUCAUCGUGGGACAGACCAUGGGGGAUGGAGUGCAUCCAGCCAUGAUUGAGGACAAGGGUCACCGCGUGACCGACUACUUUGUGGUGGCCGGCCUCACAGACAAGUCCACACCUCUGGAGCAGGACUUGUCAGAGACCAAGUCCAGUGGGCCCAAAGCGCCCAUCACUGACCUGGCUGUCAUUAACAGAUCAGCAGGAGAAACUGUGCCUGAGGGCUUUACUUGUAUCGACAGCACCUACAGCGGCCAGCCGGCCAAUCUUAACCACGGCAGUCUCAAGAGUCCCGAGCUCUUUUUGUGCUAUAAGAGGGGCCGGGGGAAGCCGCCGCUCAUUGACAUAGGGGUUCUGUAUGAGGGUAAGGAACGUCUGAUCCAUGGCUGCGAGGUCAUCCAAGCCACACCGUAUGGCCGCUGCGCCAAUGUCAACAACAGCUCCGCCACCUCACAGCGCAUCUUCAUCACAUUCCGCCGAGCGCCGCCAGUCCAGCCUCAGAAUUCCCUGGCAGUGACAGAUAUUUGCAUUAUUGUCACCAGCAAGGGCGAGAUACCACCACAUACCUUCUGCAAAGUGGACAAAAACCUCAACUGUGGCAUGUGGGGUUCCAGUGUCUUCCUGUGUUACAAGAAAUCAGUAUCAGCAUCUAAUUCCAUCAGUUACAAAGCUGGUCUCAUCUUCCGUUAUCCAGAAGAGGACUAUGAGUCUUUUCCCCUCUCUGAGUCUGUUCCGCUCUUCUGUUUACCCAUGGGUGCCAAGAUCGAAUGCUGGGCCCCAAACACUCGUGACCCACUGCCAGUGUUCUCUACAUUUGUGUUAACAGUCUCUUCUGGUGAAAAGGUGUAUGGGUCUGCUAUCCAGUUCUACGAGCCAUAUCUAGUGGAUCAUCUGAAUGAGAAGCAGAAGAUCCAGCUGGGCCUGCUCACCACGGUGGAAAAGAAGAUGAUCCCCAACCGGCCUGUAAACACCAACAAAUGCAUCUGUCUGCUCUCACACUGGCCCUUCUUCGAGUCCUUUCGAAAGUUCCUCAUGUUUAUCUACAAGCUCUCUGUUUCAGGCCCACACCCACUGCCUAUUGAAAAGCACAUUUCACACUUUAUGCACAAUGUGUCAUUUCCUUCUCCUCAAAGACCCAGAAUUCUUGUCCAGCUCUCAGCACAUGACACUUUGAUCCUCUCCCAGCCUGUGUGCACACCCUUACCCCUCAGUGGGGCUGACUACGGCACUCUGCUGAUGAAUCUGGGCUCAGAGAAUUGUGCCACUCUGCUGCACUUUGUCCUGCUGGAGAGCAAGAUUCUGCUGCACUCUCUGCGCCCCGCCGUGCUCACUGGAGUGGCCGAGGCUGUAGUGGCUAUGAUCUUCCCCUUCCAGUGGCAGUGUCCCUACAUACCUCUAUGCCCACUCUCUCUGGCGGGUGUCCUCAAUGCCCCCUGUCCUUUCAUAGUUGGUGUGGACUCUCGUUACUUCGACCUAUAUGACCCCCCGGCAGAUGUUGUCUGUGUGGACCUGGACACAAACACUAUUUACCUGUCUGAUGAGAAGAGACACGGCAACUGGAAGAACCUCCCAAAGAAGCCCUGCAAGAGUCUUAUGAACUCGCUGAGCAACUUGCACCACCAGCUGGCUACUGUUUUAGUACGCCAAACACCACAGGAGGACUCUGCGCUGGACUUGACCCCCAUCGAGGCAGACUUCACUUGGCACAAGAAAAAGAUGACCCUGGAGAUGGAAAUUCAAGAGGCCUUCCUUCGUUUCAUGGCCUCCAUUCUGAAGGGUUACCGAUCCUACCUCAAACCAAUCAUUGAGGCGCCCUCCGAAAAGGCCACAGCUGCAGACUCCCUCUAUGAUCUGCAAGGUUUUCUGAAGAGUAGAGACCGUGCCCAUCAGAAGUUCUACUCCCAGCUCACCAAGACUCAGAUAUUCAUCCGCUUUAUCGAGGAGUGCACCUUUGUCAGCGACAAGGAUACAGGCCUGGCCUUUUUUGAUGACUGUAUUGAGAAGCUUUUUCCCUCUGAUAAAAUCACCGACAAAGGUACCAAGGUUGAAGGAGAGUCAUCUGAGGACACUAAAUUGCUGGAGCUGGAUGAGUCUCAGAAGAGUGAACACACUGUCUUUGUUAUGCCUCCUGAACCUCCAGCUGACACUGGAGCCGAACCCGCUCCUCAGUACACUUAUAAAGGUUUCCCCAGACUACAGAUGAAUCUUUUUGACCGUCCCAAAGAGUUGCGUCCUGCACUUAGCAGCAGAGCUGCAGGGGCCAGUCUGUCCAGCAGCCCAGCCCUGUUGGCUAAAAGAACUAAGCAGGCAAAAUUCUACAAACAUUAUCUGAUUCAACAGGAAAUAAAGCUAGCAUACAAGCUGGCAAAGCGUUUCUAUUCCAAUCCUCUGCUGUGGGCCCGCUGUCUGUUCAGUCACUGCUAUAGCCUGUGGUUCAUCUGCCUGCCUUCAGCGAUGCGACUGGCCAAGUCAAAGAGCCGGGCCAUGCAGCAGGCGUACAAUGUCCUGUUAAAGAUGAGGACCACUGAGGUGGAGGUUCUGGAUGAGGUGUGUUACAGAGUGGUGAUGCAGCUCUGUGGUGUGUGGGGUCUUCCUGUCAUGGCUGUGCGUGUCCUGGUUGAGAUGAAGAAGGCUGGCGUACAUCCCAAUGCAAUCACAUAUGGAUACUACAACAAGGCCGUCUUGGAGAGCCCGUGGCCGAGCCGAAACCGCAGCGGCCUUUUUAUGUGGACCAAGUUACGCAACGUGCUUCGUGGAGUGGUCCAGUUCAAACAGACUCAGAGCUACAUGUCUUCCAAGAAGGGAUCCACGUUAACUUCCACAGCUGCAUCAGCAGAUGGGUCAGCAGUCACUGAUGCUGACAGUUUGAGUCACGAAAGUGCUGACAGCUCAAGUGAGGUCAAUGGUGAGGAACAUAAUCUAUUCGCUCCCAGCCACGACAUGGGGGACACAACAGACAGCCACUGUAAUACAGGGCGGCAGUCGGAUCAAGGCUAUGGCUCUAAAGAUGAGUUACACCAAGAGCUGGCAGAGUCUUCUCAUGCAUCUGCCCCUUCAAGUAUUGCUACUGCACAGCAUCAUGGAGAAAUUGUUGGCUCAGUUGACAGUGCAGUAGCAGUGGCUGAACCCCCCAGUCCUGUUGAUGUCCCGUCCCCUGUCCCCAGCAUUGUUAAGCUCUCCACUGGAAGCUUUGAUAGUAGCAAGGACAAAGGGACAGGGAAGCUGUUCAGGAGACACAGCAAGAAUGAUAGCGUGUCUCUGUCAGAUGAGGAUCCCUCGCUGCCUUCUGGGGAUGCAGCAAAGCAGCACCAGCAGCAGCGACAGAAGGCCUUCUCUGAACGCAGCUGUAGCUUCAGCGCUGAAAGCCGUGCUGGGAUGCUCUUGGAGAAAGGCGUGGACCACAUGGCCAGCCAAAUGGGGGCAGAUGCUCGUAUUCUGGCUGCCGUGCUCUCUGGAGCACAAAGUCCACCCCCUAGCACUGUGUCCAGAGCACUUUUUGAAGACCUGGAGGAGGAGUCUGAGGAUGAUAAGGGUUUUUCAGUUAAGAAGUUGUCAGAGGAAGAGACCUCAAAUACCCCACACGAAGGUAAAGGAGAAGAAAACAAGGUGGCAGAAGCUGAGGUGGAGAAGAGAGACAGGAAACACACAGAAACGAAUACAGAGGAUGAGUCUGGAAUACGAGGGGCUGCCUUGGAGAGGGCAGAUGUAGAGGUGGGAGCCGACCCACUCUCCCUCCUGGUGUCCGAGAGCAAAGAGUCGGCUUCUGUCACCAGUCAGGAGCCUUUGAUCUCUGUGCCUGCUGUGGUGUCCCGUAACCUGGCCGAGGAGAUUGAAAUGUAUAUGAGUCUAAGAAGUCCCAUGGGUCCAAAGUCCUCCAGCAUGGAGCUCCAGCAGUCCCAGGGAGACUCCACCGACAGCCCUCAGCCCAAGCAGACCCUGGAACGGCGGUCAAGCCUGCCAGCACCUCCAGCCAAAACUGCCAGUAGCUCACCAGGAGACACACCAAAACCCAGCCCCAGCACCGUCACUAGAUCCAAAACCUUUGCAGCAAAGACAAAGACACACGGAAGCUCAACCGCAAGUCCAGGCACAAGAUCGUCCUCACUGACAGCCUUGGUGAAGUCCUCACAGGGAGGGUCACUGGGCUCUGUUAUAAACACAAUUUCAGGCAUCAAAAUGGACACACUGUUGUCAGGACCUAAAAUCGAUGUACUCAAGUCAAGCAUGAAGCAGGCAGCAAACGUAGCAAGCAAAGUGUGGGGGGCCAUGGCAUUAGUUUAUGCUAAUUCUGACGAUGAGGAUGAACAACCUCAGAGUGGUGGAGGCUUCCCAGCUAAUCUGGAUGAGCACAUGCUUUCUGCACACGACUUGGAUGAGAGUCCGGAGAGGAAGGCCAUCCCGGGGUUGCUCGCUAAUGGUCUCAAUCAGAGCUGCACCAGCCUGGGCAGCAGCAGUGGCAGCAGUGACACUGGCAGGGGGACCCAACACAUGCAUCCAACUCCAGGCCGGGCAGGGAGAGGUCCAGACUCUGAGCAAAGCUCCUCCCAUCACGCAUCCUCCUCAAGCAUCUACCAGAACUGCGCUCUGGAGGUGCUGAUGUCCAGCUGCUCCCAGUGCCGCUCAUGUGAAGCCCUGGUGUAUGAUGAGGGGAUCAUGUCAGGCUGGACAGCUGAUGACUCCAACCUCAACACCAACUGCCCCUUCUGUCACACAGCCUUCCUUCCAUUACUGCACAUAGAGUUUCACGAUUUGCGUACUAUGCCCGGGUUUUACAUGAAUCCUAGUGCUUCAGGAGACAGUAUUCACAGCACCAGCACUCAGCCCAAAGCUAGCAGCUCAGCUGACAUCAAAACACAAGAUCUUAUCAGUUUCCCUGAGGAGGAGCCAAGCGAUACUCCAGAUAAUCAUUCUGGAGCACAAAGGAGUCUGAUUCCAGAGCCAGUGCAGUCAGACCCCCUUGGUCUUCUGGAGCACCAAGCAGCAGGGAAGCAGGAGAGAUGUAGCAGUACCUCACUGACACGCAGCAACAGUGUUGGAGGUCCUCUUCAGAGCCUGGAUCACACCCAGAGACCCGGACACGGUGUGUCCACCACCAGUUUGCCCUGCAGCUUGCAAGAGGCGUCGGAUGGUAUUGGAACAAAACGGCCAAAUCCCAAGCCUGUAUCUGUUCCAUACCUCAGCCCAUUGGUUCUGCGCAAAGAGCUGGAGACCUUGUUGGAGAACGAGGGAGAUCAGGUGAUCUACACUCACAAGUUCUUAAGCCAACAUCCAAUUAUUUUCUGGAACCUGGUGUGGUACUUCCGCCGCCUGGACCUGCCCACUCACCUACCCGGUCUCAUUCUUACCUCUGAACACUGCAACAAUGGAGUGCAGCUGCCUCUGACGUCACUGAGUCAGGACAGCAAGCAGGUGUUCAUACAGCUCCUUUGGGACAACAUCAACCUGCACCAGGAUCCUGGAGAACCCCUAUACCUGCUCUGGCGUACCUUUUUGGAGAAGAAGGGGACUUUGGCUCCCACAGAACACCAGGAUGUCCGUACCCUCCUCAAUACCAUUGUUCGCAACAUCCAGACUAAUGACGUCUACGGACCGAUCAACCUGCUGAUCCGAGAGAUUAAACGACGCCCAGGAGGCGUCAAAAGGCACAGGAGUAUUUACAGAGAAAUACUGUUUUUGUCAUUGGUGGCCUUGGGACGUGAUAAUAUUGACAUAGAGGCCUUCGACAGGGAGUACCGCCAGGCCUUUGAUGAGCUGAGCGCAGAGCAGCUCAAAUCUUUGCACUCAAUCGAUCACCCGCCCAGCCCCAGCAUGCAGUGGUGCCUCAAAUGUUUUGGAGCCCCCUUAAUCUGAGCAUGGUUUUCUCCUCCAGUUGAGCAAGAAGAAAUUCUCCCCGCAAUGACAGGUGGAAAAGAGGAGUGUACUUUUGAAACACUUCCAGUUGCUAAACAUGGUACUUUUUUGUCCACCUUUUUGGAGAGUUCCUAUGAAUAUUAUGGGACUAGAUGAGCUGCUUUUUUCCCCUUUGCUGUUUUUUUGGUUGUUUUUUUUUUUACAUAUGGUGUAU